AUGGAUAUAAAUAUCUCCAAAAUCCAAAUACCAACCUAUUCGUUCGCAGUAGAAUGUAAUUCAGCAAAUAUGGGAGAAAACACUAUUGUUAGUGACAUUCAGGCUCCAUUACCAUCUACUAGCGCUGUUCCUGGGACACAAGAAAUUUCACACUAUUGGGAAUGGUCACAGAGAUAUUGCAUUGAGAUUGGCCAGACGAUUGAUGGUCUUUUGAACGCAACAUUUGAAAAUGCUGUCGAAUUGAUUGUUUCAAGCGUUGCCAUUCACCGAAACCUAAUACGACUCGUUCAAGAGUUAAUUUUGGAACAAAAUUUUAACCGGACAGCGGCUCAAACCGGCGCAAGUUCGAUGAUACUAGCGUGUAUUGCAUUAUCUUUUCUCGCUGCAUUCCGUGGGGAUGCAAAUGCUGAAAUUAACCAAGAAAAAUUCUCAUAA